UUAUUCAUUAGUAUUCUCUUCCCCAUCAUAACACUAAUAUAUUCAGAAUUUUUAAAUAUUUUUUUAUUCUAUUAUUUAUAAAUAUGCAAACUGAUUUGGCUUCAGUUGCACGGUCAAACGCUGAGUCCCUUUUGGAUACGCCUUCAGCUCAGUUUCAACUUUCAUCGCUUCCAACACUAAUUGAGUUUUUGAACUUCCAACUCACUGAUAUAAAUCUUUACAGCUUGGCUAACAAUGUUGGGAUUUUGAAGAUAUAUUUGCUCUACCCAGAUGUUUCUGAUGUUCUGGUUAUACAGAAGAUUCUUGUUUUAUCGCUGACUCAGGUCCCAGCUCCUGAUUUUACUGUUUGUUUAUGUCAGAUUCCACUUCAUCUUCACAAUCAAGAGCCUGUUUCAAAGGUUAUUAAUCUCCACAACUUUCUACAAAACUGUAUGUUUCUCAGGUUUUGGGAAUCUGCAAAUUUAGAACUGGAAUCCAUGCCUGGUAAGACUGUUUUGGACGUUUCUGGUCUUUCUGAUAGCGUUAGGAAGUUUGUUUUAGAUGUUUCGCCUCUGGUUUAUAACCAGAUGACAGUCCCUGAGUUACGUAAACUACUAAAUUUCCAAACUAACUCCCAAGAGUUUGAACAACUCCUUUCAGUCUGCGGAUGGUCCUUUGACUCCUCAUAUAAUAGAGAAGAUGAAAAUUCAGGCCUUUGUUACUCAACCUCGAGGGAAGAUAGCUCCAAAGUCCACAAAUCUAACGCUACUCAAAACCCGCUUGAAAAGUACCUGAAGUCUGAUCCCAUGAAGUAUUACUAUACUACUCUUCACAACUAAUUUAAAAUCCCACUUAACGGUUAAGUCGAAUUUGUGGUAAUCGAUUCUACCUAAUUAAACGCAGUAAUUUAACUAAUAUAAUAUAACAAUA